AUGAUAUGUCAAGACUUGGUUCGACACUAUGGAAGGAUAUCCAAAAAGGCCAAUUGCAUGAUCAAACUCGAUCUCCAAAAGGCUUAUGACACAAUAGAAUGGGACUUCAUAGAGGAGGUUCUCAAGGGAUUGCUCUUCCCUGAUAAAUUCAUCUCUUUGAUGAUGAAUUGUGUCAAAACUCCAAAGUUCUCUCUUUUUUUCAAUGGAACCUUACAUGGUUUCUUUGAAUCUAAGAGAGGAUUACGACAAGGAGACCCUCUCUCCCCUUUAUUGUUCAUCAUUGGAAUGGAAUACUUGUCUCGGAUAAUGAAGGAGAUAGGAUGCAAGCAAGAUUUCUCAUUCCAUGAAAGGUGUGCUUCGCUGAAACUUAACCAUCUCAGUUUCGCCGAUGAUGUCCUUUUAUUUUGUAAUGGAGACUAUAAAAGCAUUAUCUAA